AUGGUGAAGACGUUUGUUACUCAAUGGUUGUACACAUUUCCAUGGGAUCAAGUCGUGAGUGGUUUUUGGCAGAAAUUUCCAAACCCAUACACAGGUCAUGUUUUAUCUGAAGAUACGUAUUAUCGAACGUUGACUAAAGAUCAAAUCUUAAUUUCGAAACGUUUACUAGCUAAAACGAACAAACUACCUCGUUGGGGUGAACGAAUAUUCAGUCGAGGCUCAGCGUCAACAAUCGGAUUCAUUGUUGAAGAGUCGAUUUGUGAUCUGAAAGCGAAAAUAUUCACUACAUCAACGAUCAAUAUUAAUUUGAAAUCGCUGAUGACAGUAGAAGAAAAGUGUGUAUAUCGUCCAGAUAAAACUGAUGAAUCACGAACAAUCUGCGAAAAAACAGUGACUACUCAAGGAGAAUUAUUCGGUUUUAAGACAACUCUAGAAACAUUCGCUAUUCAGCGUUAUAAAAAGAAUCAAGAGUUAGCCAGUCUUGGCUUAGAAUUUAUUCUUCAUAAAUUAUAUUUACCUCAAUUGCCGCCACCUCCGAUAACAGGAAUAAAAAGUCCAGAUACCCGAACAUUUUCCAGAAAACUAAAUAAGAAACAUGAGAGUUUGAAAUUGACCUUCCGGUUUGACCCGAAUGACAAUGUAUUAUUAAUAACUGCUGGCUAUGAUCGCACAAUACGGUUUUGGGGUGCAUACAGCACGGCUGUAUAUCGUACGAUUAUGCAUGAGGAUUCCCCUACAAAUUGUUUAGCGAUACAUCCCCAGAAGACUUUGUUGGCUGCUGGAAGUCAUCAGCAUAUAAAGAUGUAUGAUUUAAUGUCGAACAAUCCAAAUCCCGUAAUGAAAUUAGAUCAACUACAAAAGAAUAUCGUAACAUUGGGUUUUAGCGACGAGAAAAACUUUAUGUUUUCUGGCGGAGAAGAUCAUUGUGUGAGAAUUUGGGAUAUGAGAUCGGCAAGAACAAAAGCAUCUCGGCAGACAACAGUCAGUGCGUCUGUUAAUUGUGUUACACUUCAUCCGAAUCAGACAGAACUACUAAUUGGCGAUCAGGAUGGAACGAUUCAUCGAUGGGAUAUGGCUGGUGAUAAACACGAAACAUACACCAUUGAUGCCAACGAUCCAAGUGCUAUACGAUCGAUUUCCAUCAAUCGUGAUGCAUCAAUGAUGGCUGCUGUAAACAGCAAUGGCUACUGUCACAUUUGGUCUAUGUCUGGUUUUGCUGCGCAAACACAUCUGCAUCGUCGCACGAGGUUUCGAGCACACCAGCGUUAUGCUUUGAGAUGUUUAUUUUCGCCUGAUAUGACGUUAUUAGCAACAACGUCAGCUGAUGGUACAGCUAAAAUAUGGCGUACAUCAGAUUUUAAUUGUCAGUAUGAGUUAAAACAUGAUCGCUUACAAAACUGGGUGUGGGACUGUGCGUUCACAUCGGAUUCGCUUUAUCUUGUCACAGUAUGCUCUGAUGGGAAAGGCCGUUUAUGGUCAACCGAUACUGGUACUCUUUUGAUGAUCGCCCACCGCGCUGAUCGUGUUCUAAUAUCUCAUUCCAUUCAGUCUCUUUAUCUAACUAACAAUAUGGUGCAAACAAGUCCCACCCCAUUCGAUGUGGGUCGUGCAUUCGUUCAUCAAUAUUACACAUUAUUACAUCAAGCUCCUCACCUACUUCAUCGAUUUUAUUCAACGGAUAGUACAUUUAUUCAUGGUGGUGUUGAUCGUCCAGGUUCAAUCGAACAACCAGCCGUUGGUCCAGAAGAUAUUGCUCGACGAAUUGAUGGUCUUAGCUUACGUGACUGUCACGCUAAGAUUCGCCAGGUUGAUUCUCAUCCGACUAUUGGUAAUGGCGUUGUCGUCCAGGUCACCGGCGAACUAUCGAACAAUGGUGAUCCAAUGCGUCGUUUUAUGCAAACAUUCGUAUUAGCACCACGACAACCAAAGAAGUACUACGUACAAAACGAUAUCUUUCGCUAUCAAGAUGAAGUUUUUGAUGAUGGCUCUGACGAAGAUGAUGGUUCUAGUUCACAAAUCUAUGGUGAUACGGAUAAGGUUUCAAAUGCCGAUUCAUCAGCUGCCGGCACACAGCCAUUACCAGUGGCAGCAGCUCCACCACGACCACCGGUUGAAGAACCACAACACGCACAACUACCUCCACGUAAUACUGGUAGUCAACAACAACAACAACAACAACAACAACAACAGCAACAACAGGUCAUUCCAAAUCAACCGGCUAGACAGCAACAACAGCCUGCACAGCCAGAAAUACCGAUAAAUGGCCUGAAUAAUACAGUUAGUUUCAAUGGUCAACAACAACAACAACCAAAUACUCAAGAAAGUCAACAACUCGCAAAGCCAACAACAGCACCAACGGAAGGUGCAUCCUACGCUGGCAUUGCUAAAUUGAACUCAUCAACAGGUGUAGUACCAACUUCAACACCACCUGGUCCAGUUCCAUCACCACCAGUUCAGCAAACAAAUACAACACGUCCAACAACUGGUAGUAAACCAUCGACUAACCAACAACGAGGCAGUGCUAAUUUCUAUCAAAACAAUAGUCGCGGCGCUCAAUGGGGCGAUUCGAAUGCACCGUACGAUCAAAAUACUGCUCGCCGCUCAGGCGGUAACUCAGCAGUAUCUAAUGGCAAUCAAGUUUUCGUUGGAUCCUUACCAGCUGAGUUUACCAAUGAAACAUUAGUUGAAUGUUUUUCGCAGUUUGGUCGUGUUCGUGAAGCCAAAAUCCGUCAACCAUCGAGCGAUGGAAAAAAGAAUUAUGGGUUCGUCGUUUUUGAAGAUUCAGAUGUUGCAGCAAGUGUUGUUCAGUUAGAGCAUGUAGAAUAUCAAAAUGUUCGAUUGAACAUCGAACCAAAAACUCAGAAAAACUAUCAAGGAAAUGCAAACAAUGGCGCACAAGGUGGGGGUCGAAAUAACUAUCCAUCACGAAAUGGAGUGAACCGUGGAGGAGGCCGUGGUGGAUAUCGCGGUAACGGAAACAAUCCACGACGAAGUGGCGGCUCAUAUUACAACAAAUCAUCAGCCGCUCCUGAUGAGAAUUAUAAAGUCCAACAACAACAACAACAACAACAACCACAACAGCAGUAA